AUGGCCAUAUCAGAAUCUAUGUCACGCAGGAUCAGGGCUGUGUUCAAUACCUUCAGCUUCUGGACAAUUGUUCUUUACAAUGUCUUGGCCCUGAACAGUCUUGAAUUUGCCAAUUUGGUUGCCAAGAGAUUGUUUCUGAAAGGCUUCCCUUUCACCACCAUCACGGUGAUGUUCGUUACCUACUGCUUGAUUCAGCUGAUUAAAGAAAGGGAAAGAAGACAGGCUUUGAUUGAUGAUCCAGACCCAAUCCCCCCUCCAGCCCCCGCUCCUCCACCCCCUCCCACAGAUCCCAGCUCCACCCGGACAGACGCCCAGCCUGUGGACCCAAACAAGCAGAAGGCAGAGUAGAGGUUAUAUUUAGAUGAAUCCUCAAUAGUUUACUUCUGGUGAAUUCUACAGAAAAUGAUCAUCUUGAAAUAUGGAGAAAAAAUUUUAAUGACAGCACUGUAAGAAAAGAUCUGAAAGAGCUAUUUAACUUUUUACAGAUUAUUUUCAACAUUACAGACUUUACUCUCAUUUGCUGCUUUUUAAAUUAGCGACAGUUUUACAAGUGUAAUAGAGUUUCAUUAUUUGAUUUGUAGGAUGGAUUUUAUUACUACAAAUUUUGUUACAUAGUUUUAACUAAAAAGAAAUACAAAUAUUCAGUGUUCGUAUCACAAGUGAUUACUAUAAUAUAAUGCAUAAUAUAUAUUACUAACAUGUACUUAAAAACUUAAACUAACAAUCAAAAAGACUGUUUUACAAAUGUGUGAUAUGCA